AUGAAGAUGAGGAAGGAGGAAGAAGAUUGGGAGGAAGGAAGAGAGGGAGACAUCAUUCCUGCGUGGAAGAGAUUUCUAUCUGUUGCCCGGCGGAAGUGCCCGUGGACCACCAGUGUUCUUUGGAUGUUUGCGAAUAAGAUGCAGGAGCUGGAGACGCAGCUGUCGCACAAAUCCAGCGCUUUGUCCGAAGUCAAAGAGAAACUGAAAGAAUCGAAGCAGCGAGAGGAGGAGGAGCAGCGGCUCGUGAGGAGACUGGAGGAGCAGGUGGAGCUGCUGAAGAGCCUCCCCUCCGGAGCCAAGACCGACUCUGGGCUCAUGAAGGAGUUCCAGGCGCUGAGGCUGAUCAACUCUGAGCUGCAGCAAGAACUCUCUGACCUGAAACGACAGAUCACAGACGACAAGACGGAGACGGGGAAAUCCACAAAGGACGAGCUGCGGCGGCUCACGUCUCAGCUUCAGUCCUCGGAGUCGGAGCGCUCGCGGCUGCAGAAGGAGCUGCGCAGGUUCGACGAGACGUUCUUUGAGGAAUUGGAGGAUUUAAAAUACAACUACAACACGGAGCUGAAGAGGAACAUCCUGCUGGAGGAGCAGCUCAGGGGUCUGUGCGAGAGGUACGGCGAGGAGCUGCCCAACGUCUCCACCAGCUGA